AAUGAGCUUUAGGUUAGAAGUGUUAUCUGGUGUCGGUUUUAUGCGGCUCAUCGGGGAAGUAAAAUUAGAGAUAAUGAAAUUAGAGUUUCAAUGAUUUGUACCACUAAUGGGGGUAUGAAGUUUGCUCAGACGGACAUCUCCUGUACAGAUGGUAGACAAGGAACUACCCAAGUGCUAUUACGCGUCGGAAUCUGUGCUCUUGCUGUUGAAAGUAUGUGCCUUGUUUCUGACGCACCUUUCACUUUUGAAAUAUUUUUUCACCGAAUCUGGCAAACGAAGGAAGUAUCCUGGAACCAAGACUGAAAGACUGAAUCGUGUGACGAUAAUCGGCAACAGAAGGGCAAUCAUUACAAUUUAAAUGUUCCCAUACAACACAGACCGAAAGUAAAUAUAAGCCAGCCCACUACAAUAAAAGUCCUCG